AUGUCGAAUGUGUGCGUAGCCGGCCGUCGUGGUCGCGGCACACCGGUACUAUCGGCAUGGGAUAUCUGCGCUACCCUGCUUACACUGGUUGUGUAUGCACCGUUGUCAGUGCUCGCAUCCUUAUGUACCAUAAAUGAGUUCCGGUGGAAUGGCAUAACUGAGCAGAUUAGCCAUGAUCUUCUUCUAUGCCUCGGUCGCUAUCUACCAGUGUCCGUGAUCCAGCGCGCAAGCGACAAGGACGCAAAUAUAUUACAACAAUCCCUCCGGUACUCCAACGCUCCGUUUCGGAUCGCCCAGAGAGUGCAGAGGCUAGACUUUGCAGGAUACUGGAUUUACCGUGACCCGUCUAUCGAAAAUCGCCCUCAAGAUGCAGACCUCGUUCUUUUCCACCUCCACGGUGGAGGCUAUGUCAUGGGUCACCCACUGGACAAUGCACCUGAGCUACUCCUCAUCGCAGAAACCCUAUCGCGGCGGAACCACACAGUUGCUGUGUUUUCUCUGGAGUACACUCUUGUGCCCAACGCGCCAUUACCGACACAGCUCAACCAGACUACAGCCGCAUAUGCCUGGCUUACGUGUGAGCUAAAAGUGGACAAAUCCAAACUGUACCUCAUCGGCGAAUCAGCUGGUGGCCACCUGAUAGUAUCCUUUCUGGUGGCCCUAUACCAGCGCAAUCUACGUCAUCCGCCAACCGCCCAUCCCAAGCCCGGCGCAGCGUUCUUGAUCAGCCCGUGGGUGAAUCUAAAUCCUUGCGGCCCAGACGCACAAGCACAAGAUCGGAACCUUGACCCCCGCAGUACCGCAUUCAAACAGGUGCUCGAGCGGUUCUCUGUAUUAGUGCGCCACGAUGUGCCCCUCGGACACUCAGAAUUAUACGGAAAUUUUGCGCGCCCGGCCGCCGAGCGCGGUUCGUGGAAGGAUAUCCUGCCGAAGGAGACGUGGGUCUCUGCGGGUACAGCGGAGCCCUUAUUCCGCUUCGAUAUAGAGGAGUUCGUGGAGUCUGCACGGCGCGAUGGAGCCGAAGUACGGUUUGAGCUUGGGGAGGGGAAAGUGCAUGUGUGGCAGUCUGUGGAAGCUCGAGAGCAGGAAAAGGAUUUCCUGGCCCUGGAGCUGCGGGAAGAUAAGAUAGAGUUGAUGCCUGGGUAUCGACAUAUUGCGGAGCUGAUAUGUUCCUGCCUUGAAAGCGUAGCUGAUUCUUCACCUUAGUUGAUAAUAUGCAAGCCCCUGCGAGAUAGCGCGUUGCUGGAAAAUGAUGUCGAGAACACGUAUACUGUAUACUUAUGGCUACCAGUUAUCCUCCUCACCGAGUUGCAAACUCUGGUCCAACUCGUCAGCC